AUGCCGUCUUAUCUCAUCACCGGAACAUCCCGAGGCCUCGGUUUCGAGUUCGUUCGGCAGUUGUCUUCUGACUCAAACAAUACCGUCAUUGGUUUUGUCCGCAACAAAAAGGCAACUGAGGAGAAGAUUCAGCGCGAAUUACCUGGACGAUCCAACAUUCACACCAUCCAAGGCGAGAUCCAAAACCUGGAAUCCGUAAAGAACUUGGUGAAUGAGGUUGCCAAGAUCACCGGUGGUAGCCUUGACUACAUCAUCGCCAACGCUGCACUUCAAUCCGAAUGGUCAGCCCAUAACCCCAUCGGCGUUCUGGGCGAGGAACCAGAAAGACUUGAGGAAGACAUGCUCGAGUCCUUCAAGAUCAACACCCUCGGGAAUAUCCACCUGUUCAACCUAGCCCUGCCACUCAUCCGCAAGGGCCAAGCCAAGAAAAUCAUCGCCAUCUCAUCGGGCAUGACCGAUCCGGACUUUAUUACAAACUUCUCCAUCACUGAUGGAGCCCCUUACACAAUCAGCAAGGGCGCACUGAACAUCGCCAUUGCCAAGUUUGAUGCCCAGUAUAGGAAGGAGGGUAUCUUGUUUAUGGCUAUCUCUCCUGGUCUUGUUGCCACCCAGGACACGUCCAACUACACCGAAGAACAGCUUCAGGGAGUUCGCGACAUGGUGGCUGCUUUCAAAGGCUACGCCCCUCACUGGGAAGGGGCAAUUUCUCCUGAAGAGUCUGCUACCGCAGUUCUCUCUGUCAUCAAUAAGGCCAGCAUUGAGGCUGGUAAUGGAGGUUCUUUUGUGUCCCACUACGGGAACAAGCAGUGGCUUUAA